AUGCAUGACGUCUUCGAGCCAAGAACUAGUGGCGGCGCCGCCGUGGCCGUCAUCCGAGGACGAUUUCCAGCUCGAGUUUCCACUCGGGUUCAGAUUCGCCCCACCGACGAGGACCUCAUUCUGUAUUACUUGAAGCCCAAAAUCGCAGGCGAUCCGAUUCCGCUUGCUGACUUCUUCGCUGACGUCGAUCUCUACCAGUUUGACCCCAGAGAGCUCAUCGAGAGCCACAAGGCAGCGGGCAAAGGUGAGGACGAGUGGUACUUCUUCACCCCGAGGGACAGGAAGUAUCCGAACGGGUCGAGGCCGAAUCGUCGCACGCCCGGCGGGUUUUGGAAGGCGACCACGAAGGAUAGCGUCAUCCAGAUGGAGAACAUGACGAUCGGGUACAAGAGGCUGUUGGCCUUCUUCGAGGAGCCUCGCCAAGACGAGGCGACGGGACGGCCUUGA